UUUCUCUCAACUGGGAUUGUCGAAACGCGGCACCCCGUCAGUGUUCCACCUCCACACCAUUCGCAUACGUGUCCAACUCGCCGCGUCGCACCGCGAUAUAUAUACAUAUCUAUUUCAUCACUAUCCCCAAAACACCUCUCAAUAUCACAGUGCAUGUAGCAACAAUGGCGAAAGCUUCGUUUUUCCUCAUCCCUCUGUUCCUCCUUUUUAUACUAGCGCUAUUUUCAACACGCGCCGCCACCAUCGAAGGAUUAGUUGGGGGAAGAACGAUGGUCAAGGACGUGAAAACCAACAAGGAAUUACAAGAUCUAGGGAAAUACUGCGUGGAAGAGUACAACCGGAAGCAGCAGCACACGGCAAGAAUCACCAAGCUUCUGACGUUCCCGCAAGUAGUGGAGGCGGAAAAGCAAGUGGUUUCCGGCAUCAAAUAUUAUCUCAAAAUUUCCGCCACCACUUACAGCGGAGCUCUCAAAUUAUUUGAUGCGGUUGUGGUUGUGAAGCCGUGGGUCGACACGAAAGAGUUACUCAAUUUUGCCCCUUCCCCUUCCACUAAAAUUAAGCAGUUUUGGUAAAUAAUCAAUUUAAUUGCUGUUUGUAAUUCUGAUGCUGUGAAUUUGAUCUGUUGGCAGUAAUUUUGUCAAUAAUCGAUCAAACUCUCUCAAAAUAAAAUUUAGGUGUAAUUGUGCCUUC